AGUGAAGAAUAUGAGACUCCUUUACACCUGUGGAAAAACUGUUGCCUCUAGCUAUGGAAACUAGUUUCUGCCAUAGGAGGUUCCCCCUGGUCUCCUGCAUCCACUUGCUGCACUUCUGGCUACUCCUCCUCCUAGCCUCAGCAGUUCCGUUGCACAACGCCUGGUCUCUUCGGACCCGUGGUCUUCUGGCAGCCCGGCCAUUGUGCAGCCACCGGAGCCCCGCAGCAUCCAGAUCUUUCUGCAUCUGGGAUAAGAAUCUGCCUACAGAGAAAACAGGAUUUCACUCUACCUCACUGCGGCUGCACUCUAUGGUUUCCAAAGGGGCUGGCCAACGCCAUGCCAUACGGUUGAGGCGUCAAGCCAAAGGGAUCCGGCCUGCUACCCCAUCUGGCUUUGAGGAUGGUCCCUCCUCAUCUCAGUACCCCUGGGCCAUUGUUUGGGGUCCCACAGUCUCAGUUGAUGAGGGAGGGGAUGCCAGCUCUGCCAACCCAGGCUUUCCACUUCUGGAUUAUGCCUUUGUUUCAUCCAACGGAAUGGCAACAGCACAACCCAAUUCCCACUCACUGUUACACAAUGAAGGGCUCAACCUGCGUCAGACCCCAGCCACACUACCACCCUUCCUCUUUGGACCUCGGGGAGAAGGUGUGGACCCCCAACUUUACGUCACCAUUACAAUUUCUGUCAUUAUCAUCCUUGUUGCCAUGGGAAUAAUACUCAAAUUCUG